AUGAGUGUCUUCCUUGAAACAAGUCUUGGAAACAUCGUCGUCGACUUAUUUGUCGAAAACAACCCGGUGGGUAGUAUGAACUUCCUAAAACUGAUCAAACUGAAUCAUUACAAGUACUCCGUCAUCACAAAAGUGAUCAAGGACUACGCUUUCCAAUUUGACAACAAAUACAACUUAGAAGGGACUUGUGUGACUGGAGUGUUGGUACACCAAAAAGGAGAGUUAAUGAGUUGCACACCUAAGAAACCUCAAAGCAACAAAACUGCAGGCAUAGUCGGCUUUCUUAGUCAUGGACAACACAAAAUAGGAAGUGAAGUGUAUGUCACAACAGCCGAUGGUAUUGAGAGUAUUCAAGGAAUUCCCUUUGGUAAAGUUGCAGAAGGGAUGGACGUCGUCCAAAAGAUCAACGAGCUGCUUGUCGACACCGACGAUAAACCCUUUCAGAACAUCCGAAUCAUCUCACAUGAAAUCUUUGAAGACCCCUUUCCUGAUCCAAAAGGAUUUCCUGAAGUGAUCAAUGAGCCAAAAUUAGAGAGAGAUGAUCACCCUGAAGUCGAAGACUUAGUCAAAGAAAUAACAGAAGACGUCGAGCGCAAAAUGAAAGAAAAUGAAGCUCGAAGUCGUGCGGAGAUUCUCGAGAUGGUCGGCGAUUUACCCUUUGCCGAGAUCAAGCCACCCGAAAACGUGUUGUUUGUCUGUAAACUGAAUCAGUGUACAAGAGACUCGGACUUAGAAGCGAUCUUUGACAAAUUUGGGAAGGUAGUGUCUGCUGAAGUGAUAUGUGACAAAAAGACGGGAAAUUCCCUUGGGUAUGCGUUCAUUGAAUUUGAAGCCAAAGAAGCGUGUGAGGAAGCGUAUAAGAAGAUGGACAAUGUGAUUAUAGACGACCGACGAAUUCAUGUUGAUUUUUCGCAAUCGAUUGGGAAAUAUGGUGUGAAGUACGACUUCAUCCGGCGGAAGAACAAGUGGGAGAAGGUUGAUCAAAAUGAUCCAAGAAAGCGUGUGAAGAAAUCGACGUUCAAAGGUGACUUCAAACGAAAGAACUGA